UGUUUCUGUGUCUCUGUCUUUUUCGUAAUGUCAAAAUGGCCGAAUAUCUUUCUUAUUUCUAGUUUAAUAUAGACAAAGUUUUUCUUACAGGGUUUCCAUUAAUUACUCUACGUCUACCAUGAGUGAAAAUGCUAGUGAUGAUUGUCCUGAAGAAAAGCCGGUUGUUGUACAUAGUGAAGAUGUUUUAUUCCCGCCUUUCCCAGAUCCAACUGAAAAUGAUUUUGAUGAUGACAUUGCUGAAGAAGAAAGGAAUUAUUAUAAAGAAAAGUACAAAGAUUUAAACAUCAUUAAAUCUCAAAGAUUGCAUUGCACCGCGUGUGAUCGACAUCUAGGAUGUGCGCCACGCAAUGAAAGUCGCAUGCGUCCACAUCCUUUGCUCAGAACUCUUGUAUGCCAUACAUGUCAUAACUUUUACAACAGCGGAGAGUUUGAAAAGGGUGAUGAUGGAUCGGAACUCUAUUGUCGUUGGUGCGGUCAAGGUGGACAAGUGUACUGCUGUUCUGAUUGCCCUCACGUGUUUUGUGCGAGAUGUAUAAGAAGAAAUUUAGGGACACCUAAAAUAAAAGAAAUUGAACAAAUGGAUGAUUGGAAAUGUUUCAAAUGCAACCCAAAGUGUCUGUGGGAUACACGUGCUAUGUGUUGGGCAGUUUUGCGCUAUUGUGACCAGAAAAAUAAAAUUGCUUACAACACCGAAGAUCCUGAAAAAAAGGACUUAUAUCAAAAAGAUUGUGCAGUUGACUAUACAGAAUGUUGUAAAAGUAAAAUUAAAAAAAAAGAAAAAAAGAAGGAAAAUGAGAAUACCCAGAAAAAAUCGACUGCAUCUAUUAUAUCUAAAAUAUCCCCGGCUAUUCAGGUUAAAAAGUUUGCUUCUAUUGUACCUGACGAGAAACCUGAUAAAAAGCCACUGAAACGACCUGCAAGUCCUAAACAGAAAGCAAUAUUUAUAAAAAAUGCUAUUCCAGUGUCUGUGCCAAGUACGGCUGCAAUUAUACCUAAUCAGCAUAUUAAAAAAAUACGGAUGACACCUCCGGGCAUGAUAAAUACUCCAAGAUUUCCUAAUGAUAAAAAAAUGAAUUCAAUUUAUAUACCCCGUUUCAAAUGUCAAAGACCACCAAUACCAAUUCGUACACACUAUAAUGGCAGCUUCAAUAUUCCCUACAAUACAAUGCCAAAUGAUAACAUCAACUUGUCAUUGGAAAAUUUGACACAGGGGGUGGACAUAUCAGGUGUGUCAACAAUGUCCAGCAGUUCUAACCAAGACGACGACGUAGUCUGCACUCCAGAUUUGCCAUUAGAAUCCAUGUGCGAGGUUACAGAAGAUAAUGCGGAUGAUGAUGUUCAGUGUAUAACCCCUGGACCAAUCACAGCGCCCAAGCUUACGUCUGUGCCGCCACUCGUAGCUCGCGCGGGAAACAAUUUGCCAGAAUUAAUUCCAGAAAAUAUCGUUCAGAUGACGGAAUCCGACGUCACUGUAAACACAGCUACUGGUGGAUUGAAAUUCCGAGUCGAUCCGCAGACUUUAUCAUCAAACAAGAUGUAUCGGUUACCUGACGGCCGCGUUUUUGCGAUCAACGCGAACCCCGGGUUGCCCGGAGGAUACUCUGCUACCAUCGUAGCGGUUACUGAAAAAGCAAACCAAGGGAAAGCUUCCACAAAAGGAGCGACUUUCGCGGCCAAACUUAGUGCAGUGACCACAGCGCUGGUCACCACGCCGCCCUCUUCCGUCAAAUCGUACAGUGCGAGAACCACACGAUCUGGUAAAAAACGCAAACCAGAGAUAAUGCACACAAGAGUUAGUAGUGGCAAAACAAACAGAAGAUCAGAAACAUCAGUCAGAGAAUGCGAUCUGAAUGUACCGAUCGAAUGGUACAGGUACAAUCUGAUUGACGCUGUUGAUGCUUUGGAAUACUCUUUGUCCCGGCUUCAUAAAUUAAAAAGAGAGGCGACGACCGUGUACUUAAGAACACGGUCAGUUAAUGAAAUGCGAAAUCUUCAUAGAACCUUGGAUCGAUUAUUAUCCACUUCGGUGAAUAGAUUUAAUGAAGUUCGAGUUAAUGUCAAUAAAGAAAUGAAACAGUACGUCGCAAAGAAAAAGUUCGCCGCCAACAGUACGGCAACCAACGAUACGAGCGAGGAGGAUGACGAUGUAGAAAUAUUACCAGAUUUAGAAGACAACGAGGAGGAUCCCAUUUUCAUUGAUGAAAAUUCGUCAGAUUCCAAUGGUAAUCAAGAAGUUGAUCUAACGGGGGCUAACAGUGAAAACAGCCCUGAUAAAGGGGCUGGUAGGAAGGAUUCCAGCACAGUAGAUCAAUGUAAUGAUAAUAAUGAUGAUUUAAACGACGUCCCUACUAACAAUGACGUAAAUAACUUUAACGAUGACUUAAGAAACCAUGGCGAUAAAGAUGGUGAAGAAGAGGAAGUUAGGAAUGAAGAGGCCAGUGAUGUCGACCACUCGAAUCAAACGAAGGAGAAAGAUGUCAAUGGUGACAUGGAGUCUGACUGUAAUGCUAAAGAUAAAGAAGAUGAUCAUAAAACAGAUGAAGGUGUAAAGGAAGGAAACAAAAAUACAACAAACAAUUCAGAAAUUAGUGGUGGUGAUGAAGAUUUAGAAAAAAAUAGUAGUAACGAGGGAGCGGGAUUAGAUAAUACUGAAGCAGCUAGUGCUUCGGAACAACUUGAUGAAUCCGGUCGCCCGCGACUUCUUCGGCGCAGAAUUAAAAAAAAAAGUAGCGUAUAAUAUGCCCGCAUGCAUCAGAAUCGGUCCAGAUUACCCGGAACUACUCGGCCUUGCGGACAGACACAAACAUUUUAAAAAUUGGUUUUUCGUUAUCGCAAAUUCAUCGCGUUUACGAAAUACGAUUUUUUCUCAAUGAUACAUCCAGACACUCCAAUUUUAUUAAUAUGUAUAGAUUAUACUGAGUAUAUUUUUAUUUCGUGUUCUUUUCCAUUGUUG